UGCAUAUCUUUGACUUGGCAUAACAUUACUAUAUUUCUGUUUGACAGAUGGAAAGGCAAUGUAAACCAAAUCAGCCACAGUACAGCUCCGCCUCCUUGUAGACUAACACGUGGCGGAUGGUCGCGCAGUUUAUUGCAAAGGUGUCCAAGGGUCUUCUCAGUUUCGGCUCUGCCUUCGGAAUGGGCAACAUUCUCAACGAUAUUUGUACACCAGUUUCUGAUUUCUGGGGAGAGUCUAUUGUCAAUGCUUCCAAGCAGCCUGACUUUAGUCCUUGUUUCGAGGAAACAGCACUACUUAUUCCACCAUUUCUCUUCCUGUUCCUUCUUUGUGUUUGCCACUUUAUUUUCGACGGUCGUGCUACGUCGUGUAUACGCAUUUCAACUUUGCACAUAUUCCGAACUCUUUUGACUUUUGGUGUGGGAAUGACUGCCAUCAUUGAUCUAUGUGUGGCUUUUUAUGAUUUAUCCACGUUUGGUCAAGGGAAUGUAGCAAUCUACCAAUAUAUGUCACCUUGUUGCAGGCUACUUGCUUCUGUUUUUGCAGUUGUACUUUUACAAUGGAAUCGAAAGAUGGGUAUUCGUUCUUCUGGAACACUGACAAUUUUCUGGUUAUUAAUGGUUGUCUACAGCACACUGAAGUUUAGGACAUAUUUCCUCAUUCAUGUGUAUAACUCGAGUAUAGUGGUGGAAAAAAGUUAUGUACUUUUUGGCACAGCAACAACAGACAUGGCUUUAAUUUGGAUUUUGCUGUGUUUAACAUGCAUUCCUGAUAAGAAGCCAUCCUUCAGUCAUAUUGGUGAUGAAAAUGUGUCACCUGAGUUUUGGGCUCCCUUUUUGUCUGUAAUUACAUUUUGGUGGAUGAAUAGCAUUUACUAUACUGGGUACAAGAGGCCACUGACAAAUGAUGACUUGUGGAGUCUGCCAACAGAAGAAAAAGCCAGUCAAGUGUCAGAUAGAUUUUUGUCUGAAUGGGAAAAGGAGGUAAAGAAGUGUAAGAGAUCAGUUUCUCAUAAAGAGACUUCUGUUGAGAGAGAUGAUAUCCAGAUGUUGUCUUUGAGUGAAGAUACAGACACAGAUGAUGCCAGUAUUGUGCAAGAUACUUCCAUGCUACUGCCAGAAUCUAAUAGUAAUACCCAGGCAAAAGCUAAGAAGCCAUCACUGUUGUUGGCUCUCACUAGAGCAUUUGGAAAGGAGAUUACUGUUGAGAUGAUAUUGAAGCUUAUUCAGGAUUUGAUCAUGUUUGUCGGUCCUCUACUUUUGAAAUUAUUGAUUGAUUUCACUGAGGAUUCAACUAUUCCAACGUGGCGUGGUUAUGUGUAUGCCUCUUUGCUGUUUAUUGUUGCUGAAGUCCAGUCAUUGGAUCUGCAUCAAUACUUUCAACGCUGCAACAAGACAGGAUUUCAUAUUCGUACAGCUGUUAUGGAUGUGUUAUAUAGAAAGUCUUUGAAGUUGAAUAACAAUGCUCGAAGGAAGACAACUGUGGGAGAAAUUGUGAAUCUUAUGUCUGUAGAUGCUCAACGAUUUUUUGAUUUGAUGCUUUAUGGCCAUAUGAUUUGGUCAGCUCCAGUACAAAUAAUUUUGGCAACUGUUUUCCUAUGGCAAGUUCUCGGUCCAUCAGUAUUGGCAGGCAUUGCAGUGGUGAUUCUUAUUAUACCAAUCAGCAGUGCAAUAGCAGCUGCAAUGCGGAAAAUGCAGGUCAAACAGAUGGAGUUGAAGGAUAAGAGAAUCAAGGUUUUGAAUGAAAUUUUUAGUGGCAUCAAGGUGAUUAAGUUGUAUGCAUGGGAAAAGUCAUUUUUGUCUGUUAUAACCAACAUUAGACAUCAAGAACUGCAUUACUUAAGGAAAGCUGCUUAUUUAACUGUUAUCUCUAUGGUCACCUCAAUGUCUUCACCAUUUCUGGUUUCAGUUGCUGCAUUUGCUACAUAUUCUUUGUCUGGUAAUGAUCUAACUCCACAGAAAGCAUUUGUUGCUUUGUCACUUUUCAAUAUUCUACGAUUCCCACUGUCUAUGUUGCCUACCGUUCUCUCUCGAUUGGUUCAGACUUAUGUCUCUUUAAGACGAGUGACAAACUUUCUUCAGUGUGAUGAACUGGAUACGAGUACUGUAAGGAGAAUGGAAAUACCAGACACCGAGGCUUCAGUCGAUAGUAUUGCUGUAGUUGUGAGCAAUGGAACGUUUAGAUGGGAGAAGGGUCGACAAAUCAUUCUAGAGAGCAUUAAUUUAAGGAUCAAAAAGGGUUCAUUAGUAAGUAUUGUUGGUAUUGUUGGAUCUGGAAAGUCGAGCAUACUCUCUGCAAUUUUGGGUGAGAUGGAAGCUGAUUGUGGUCGAGUAAUACUUCAGGGGUGUGUUGCUUAUGUCAGUCAAGUAGCAUGGAUCCAAAAUGCAACAGUCCAGGACAAUGUCCUUUUUGGCAACGAAUUAAACCAGGAGUGGUAUGAGCAGGUUCUAGAGGCGUGUGCUUUGAAUCCAGAUUUAGAAUUAUUGCCAGCUGGAGACAUGACAGAAAUAGGGGAAAAGGGUAUAAAUCUAAGUGGAGGUCAAAAGCAGCGUGUUGCAUUGGCUCGUGCUGUCUACAGUUACGCUGAUAUAUAUCUACUAGAUGAUCCACUGAGUGCAGUUGAUGCACAUGUUGGAGAACACAUAUUCAAUAAAGUCAUUGGACCAACAGGCAUUUUAAGGAACAAAGCUAGAAUUUUGGUCACACAUGGUGUGUCAUUUCUUCCUCAGGUUGACCAGAUUUUGGUUAUGACGAAUGGUUAUAUAUCUGAAACUGGUACUUACAAUGAGCUUCUGCAGCAAGAUGGUGCAUUUGCUGAUUUUCUGAAAACUCACACAGGAGUUGGGAGCAACAACAAUAAGCUACAAGAGAGUAUUGAGAAAGAGAAAUGUAAUGAAAGCAAAUCAUAUCAGAAGAAUGUUGUUAAGCAGAUCAAUGAUGAUGACUGGCAAGAUGAGAGAAAGAAGAAUACUUCAACUACUUGUAAGGAGAAGACUGCUAGCAGAAGAGGAUCUAGGAUUAUUCGUGAAGAAGAGACAGAGACAGGAAUGGUAAAACUAGGUGUUUAUGCUGUAUAUGCCAAGUCCAUUGGUGUGAUUGUUUCCAUCUGCAUUGUUUUGGGUCAUGUUGGGGUGUAUGGCUUUAGUGUUGGUGCCAGCAUAUGGCUGUCAGAUUGGAGUGAUGCUGAAGCCGCAGCUCUUAAACAGAAUCACUCGUUGUUGCAUAGUACAUCUUUUUAUCUUGGAAUCUACUCUUCCUUCUGUGUUGGUCUAAGCAUCAUGAUGUUUGUCUCUGUAUUGGCUGUGGCUUAUGGUACCUUGAAUGCCGCAAGGCUGCUUCACAAGCAUUUGCUGAAGCAAGUUCUUCGAUGUCCGAUGUCAUUUUUUGACACAACACCAAUUGGUCGAAUUGUUAAUCGUUUCUCAAAGGAUAUGUAUAUUAUUGAUGAAAGGAUUCCUGAGUCAACAAGAGGGUUUCUAUAUGUGUUUUUUGGUAUUGUCAGCACAAUUGUUGUUGUCAGCUACUCAACUCCCAUCUUUUUGUCAACAGUCAUACCAAUUGGAGUAUUGUUCAUUGUUACACAGAGAUUCUAUGUUGCGACGUCACGGCAGCUUAUGCGUCUUGAGUCAAUAACUCGGUCUCCAAUAUUUUCACAUUUUCAAGAGACGUUAAAUGGUACCAGCACUAUAAGGGCAUUUGGUCAAGAGCAACGAUUUAUCAAUGACAGCCAGCAUCACAUGGAUCAAAAUAUGAAGGCAUACUACCCAUAUGUCACUAGCUAUAGAUGGCUUGCAAUUCGACUGGAAUUUAUUGGCAAUACUAUUGUCUUCUUUACUGCUUUGUUUGCUGUGAUUGAAAGAGGGAGUCUUAGUGCUGGCAUUGUAGGCCUGUCAAUUUCAUAUUCACUUCGUACUACGCAGAUGCUUACAUGGUUGGUGAGAAUGAUGGGUGAAAUGGAAACAAGAAUUGUUUCUGUUGAAAGAGUGAAGGAGUAUUCUGAAGUUGCAACUGAGGCUCCAUCAAGAGUUGAAAACAACAGUCUGCUGCAUGACUGGCCAACUGCAGGCCGUAUCUGCUUCAAUUCAUACAGUGUUCGUUAUCGUGAGGGUCUUGAUGUUGUUUUGAAUGAUAUCAACUGUUGUAUUGAAGGAUGUGAAAAGAUUGGAAUUGUUGGAAGGACGGGUGCUGGUAAGUCAUCUUUGACUAUGGCACUGUUCCGUAUCUUAGAAGCUGCUGGUGGAUCAAUUACAAUUGAUGGUGUUGAUAUUGCUACUAUUGGGUUGGAGGACUUGCGCUCCAGGAUUACUGUAAUACCACAGGAUCCUGUUCUUUUCUCUGGAACACUAAGGUACAAUGUGGAUCCUUUUGGUCAAGCUACUGAUGCAGAGAUUUGGUCUUGUCUGGCUCGUGCUCACUUACGUGACUUUGUCGAGAGUCUUGGUGAUGGUCUCUCUUCAGAGGUAGCUGAAGGAGGAGACAACUUGAGUGUUGGACAGCGCCAGUUAGUGUGCCUGGCCCGUGCCUUGUUGAGAAAGUCUAAAAUUCUUGUCUUAGACGAAGCAACUGCUGCUGUUGAUCUAGAAACAGACAGUCUCAUUCAACAGACAAUACGAGAAGCUUUUGCGGACUGCACAGUGCUAACUAUAGCCCAUCGUCUGAAUACUAUUAUGGACAGCGAUCGAGUGAUUGUUCUUGAUAAUGGACAAAUCGUAGAAUUUGACUCACCGGCUGUGUUGCUCUCAUUAGGAGGUGCUUUUCAGUCCAUGGCAGCAAGUGCUGGUAUACUUUGAUGCUACUGCUAUUUCUAGAUUAUUAUUAAUGCAGUAUUAUAAUUCUUACAAACUGGGUGAUUAUUUAAUUGAGAAGUCAAGAAACCAA